CAUCUGUGACCCUCUAUGGACUAUGGGUAAUGGGCUGUUUAUGGGCAGUCAGGUCCUGUUUCACAGUAGUAAGAUGUGGGCCAUGGUAUUAAGUUUAGCAUCGUGCAGUCGCACCAACACUCCGUUAAGCUCCACUUUAAACUGGGUGACAUCAGUGGCAAUGUUGCUUCAAAGGUCAUCUAGGAGAGCCUUCAAAGUUCUCUCCAUCAACGGUGGGCCACCAGAUUGCAGUGGAG